AUGCCUUCACCCGCGGAUAGUGACCGUGCCAGAAAGUUCGUCGAUAAAGUCAAACCGUUGAUCAAUCUAUCGGUAGAGCAGUGGCACGGCGUAUCCGAGUUCGCCAGAGUCACGACUAGCCACUGGGUUGAGCAUGGCUUCCCCGGGAUGGAUCAUAGCUGCGGCACCAGUUGUGAUAAAGGAAAGCAGAAGCUCGACCCCAAUGAGGUCACUGUCGACCGCAAUCGGAUAAAUAUCGCCAGUCUAGCACAAAUGCUUUCAUUGAAGGUUGUGUUAUGGUUGAUGUUUGAUCAAAAGACACAAGACCAGACAUGUGAUGAGAACCUGCUGAAUAUAGCGCAGUCUAUAAAUCGAGUUUGGAUAUCUUCCAAGCUAAAGACCACCGAAAACGAUAUCCCGAGAUUUGAAGACGACGUUUUGCUCCAGACAUCGCUGAUCAAUGUUUUCGGCAAACACGACCGCCCAGAGGAUAACCCACUCAAUCUCAUCCUGCCUUCGUUUGAGACAAUGUGGCGUGUCGUCUUACGAGCCUUCCUAGAGAUCAGGUUCGCCACUGGGAAAGAUGUGCCUGCUUGGCGACAUACAAUGAUUGCUUUUGCCGAAAACCCAACCAGAUCCCAAUUCGACAUAGGCUCUGGUCCCCCGUCCAGUCGCUCCAGACCCGAAUCCAGCAAUGAUCCCGGAAUGGGUGAUACAUGUGAUGUUCAGAGUCCACCUAGUGCGAAUUACAUAGUCCGCGAGUCACUCCGACUAUACGUGCCUACGAGGCACAUACAUCGAGCGUACCAGUGGAACCAGGAUAUGGGGAUAUCUCAUGAAAUCCAGUCUGCUGAUAUCGAGGGAUGUCAUCUGAGGUCUGAUAUCUGGGGUUCUGAUGCAGAGCGAUUCAACCCGAAUCGCUGGUCUGCUUUUACCUCGGCGCAGGGAGAUGCCUUUUUGCCUUUUGGAUGUCCGCCGUUUGAAUGUCCCGCUAAGCCGACUUUCGGGCCGAGGAUGAUUGGGAUCUUGAUUGGUUCUUUGUUGGCUUCCUUGGGGGAUAAGGAUCGAUCAGGGACUUGGACUUUGGAUUGUGAGGAUGGGAAGGUUUUGGAACACCUCGCGUCUGGGAAGAAGUUGUGUCCGCAUAGGAAUGCCUAUACGAAUUUGUAUCUAGUGCGAUCUAUGGAAUAG